GAAGGCUGAGAUGCCUUUUGUUGCUUGAUGUGACUCGCGACCACCAAACACAUAAAGUUAAUCGACUUUUGCCUUCCAACGAGACCGAAUCUGCUAGCUUUUCUGUUUGGUUACUGUUCUGGACUCGUACUCGUAGUGGUGCUCUGUCUUGCUCCUCUCUCACUCUCUCUCUCUCUUUCUACCGAGUUCAUGAUCUGGGAUAAGGUUUUGUGGGGUUGCCCGCCCUGCCUCUUGCUUUCGGGAGGGGUUAAGAGAUGAACCAAAAGGAAGUUCUGCCAUCUGCUGAGCCAUAAACCAUAGAAAGGAGGACUGCAAGGCAGGCAUUCUACUGGGGUUUUAGUGGCAGAACCUGAAGCUGUUUGAGCAAUGGAGAGCAACGGAGAAUGUAAGUCUAGUAGGUUCAACAGGGUCUGCGUUUUCUGUGGUAGCAGUAGCGGAAGGAGAAACUGCUACCAAGAUGCGGCCAUUGAGCUAGGCAGAGAGCUCGUCUCCAGGAAUGUGAACUUGGUCUAUGGAGGAGGGAAUGUGGGGCUUAUGGGCCUUGUCUCGCAAGAGGUCUACAAUGGAGGUCGCCAUGUUUUAGGGAUUAUUCCCAAGACUUUGAUGUGCAAGGAGAUAACAGGAGAGACAGUAGGGGAGGUGAGACCGGUUGCUAAUAUGCACCAAAGGAAAGCGGAAAUGGCGAGCCAUUCUGAUGCUUUUAUUGCUCUUCCAGGUGGGUAUGGAACUCUUGAAGAACUUUUGGAGGUGAUCACUUGGGCGCAACUCGGGAUACAUAAUAAACCGGUUGGACUGCUCAACGUCGAUGGCUACUACAACUCUUUCUUGAGCUUCAUCGACAAGGCUGUGGACGAUGGCUUCGUUACACCUUCUCAGCGUAACAUAAUAGUCUCUGCUCCUAAUGCGAAAGAGCUAGUGCAGAAGCUCGAGGAUUACGUACCACAGCAUGAUUGCGUCGUGCCGAUGGCUAGCUGGGAGACGGAGAAAAUCGAGUGCAGCACAUCCUUGCAUGUGGAGAUUGCUCGAUGAUUUGUGCCUUGUCUUAAGAACUUUUGUGGGUCAUUCUCGAUGGGCACGGAAUGUGCAUUUAACGGUUUUGGCGAUAAUUUCUAGAAUGUAUGCAAUGUUGCUACAGCAUAUACUUUCUCUUUCUCCUCCUCUCUGUGAAGGGCUGCCUUACGUAGCCAUGUUAAAGUGUUGGCAUGAAUUACUGUGUAAAUGUAAGGCUGCAUUACAAAGAACCAGGA